CACAAAUGCUAGCCUAAGAGGAUUUUUAAAGAAUUUUUGGAAACGGGUUCAAGUUUAAUAGAAGGGUUCAUUUCUUAUGAUUUUUAAGCCUGAAUAAAUAAAAUGGAAUUCAUCGCUAAUCUGGAACGAUCACAAACUGCCAGAGGGCUCACACCUGAGAAUUUAGAAAAUCUUGAAAAGAUUUUCCACGAUGCAGUUGGCGACAAGAAAGAAAUCGACCUCCAGAGCUUCAAGAAAGUUGUGCAAUCAAAAAAUAUGUUCUUUGUGGAACGAAUAUUCAAUGUGUUUGAUGCUGAUAAAUCGGGCACAGUAUCUCUAGAUGAAUUUAUGCGGGUCAUGCGUUGCUUUGCAAACCAAAGUCCUGCCGAGAAACUCCGCUAUCUCUUCGAUGUCUAUGACAUCAAUAAUGAUGGAAAUAUUGAAUUUAAUGAGCUUCGGAAUGUCAUAAGCGAAUGCAUGAAGGAAAAUGGUCUACAGUUUGGUGAAGAAGAAACGGAUGAAUUAACACGCAUGCUUUUCGACGAUGCCGACACAGAUGGCAGCGGAACCAUCACAUUCACAGAAUUCAAGAAUCAACUGGAAAGACAGCCAGCUUUUAUGGAAAAUCUUACACUGAGCAUUGAACGAUGGCUGCUUCCCCCAAUGGAGACAAAAAGGAUCAGUCAACCCACCACAGGUCUACUUAGCUGCAGGAGGAUAAGAUGGCGUUACAUCCGAAACAACUGGACCAGUGUUGCAUAUUUGCUGUUGUAUUUCUUAAUAAAUAUAAUCCUAUUUUCUACAAGAGCUUACGAAUAUAGAGAAAGCAAUAAUUUCGUCGUUUUAGCCAGGGCUUGUGGACAAUGUCUGAAUUUUAAUUGCGCUUUUAUUGUCAUGCUGGUUCUUCGGCAGAGUUUAACGUGGUUACGAACUCACGGCUUUGCACAAUACUUCCCCAUCGACCAACACCUCUACUACCACAAACUCACCGGAGUCGCCAUUCUCAUUUACAGUGUGUGGCACACUGCGAUGCACAUUGCUAAUUUCAGUAUCUUGUCAGAACAAAGGAAUAUUCCUCUUUCCGAGCUUCUAAUAUCCACUCGCCUGGAGAUUGGAUGGGUAGGCGGUGCUGCCUGCCUAACUGGAUGGUUCCUGUUCUUUAUCCUCAUAGUAAUGUGCAUCUCGGCAAUGCCUUUCGUCCGAAGAAGCGGAAAAUUUGAAGUAUUCUAUUACCUCCACCUGCUCUCUUUUGUAUUUUGGGCGUGUCUCGUAAUACAUGGUCCAAAUUUUUGGAAAUGGUUUCUGGGACCCGCCGUUCUCUACCUGGUUGAACUGGUCGUCCGGAUAAGUAGAAACCUGUCUAGUAGCAAGGUAGCUUAUGUACAGCAAGGUGUUCUGUUACCUUCCAAGGUGACUCAUUUAGUGAUAAAGAGGCCACCAAAAUUCGACUACAGACCUGGAGAUUACGUUUACGUCAACAUACCUACUAUUGCCAAUUUUGAAUGGCAUCCUUUUACUAUCAGCAGUGCUCCAGAAUUGGAUGAUGUCAUCUGGUUGCAUAUACGGGGUGUGGGAGAGUGGACCAACAGCCUGUACAACUAUUUUCAGCGUGAGGAUCGAGAAGCUGUCCUCAGUGAUGAGUUGGUCAAGAAUAUGAAUGAUCCCGCGUACUCUCUGAAGAAUGACUCCUUGGCAUCACGGGGUGUCAUCUAUCAUUCCAGCUGCACUGAGACGCCCCCUGGAAUUGACAUUCCUAAGAUCUGUUCUUUAUCCCAAAUCACGGAUAAGACAUUCAAAUGUCAAUCGCCUCAUAAUGAUGAUGAUGUCUGUAUUCCUGAAAAACAUGGUUCAGUAGGAUCUGAUAUAAGGCUCGAAAUGAAUGAUUCGUCAUUCCUAAAUCCUUCAUUCUUCUCUGACAAGCUCAACCAGACUGUUAUCGAAAUGGGUAAAGGCGACAGAACCUUUAUAUAUUCCAAUCGAGACAGUGAAGGGAGUGUCAUUGGGAACACACUUGCAUCUACUUCUCAAUGGAGGCGGACUUCCUUCGCUUCUUUCUCUACUAGUCGUGCCAUUCAGCAGAAAAACAAGGAGGACAUCAGGAGCAUGCUGGCAGAACACGGCCGACUUUCGGCCGGGGAAGAAGUGUUCUCGAACAAUUCGCGAUUGUCCACUAAAAGCAAGCGACCGCCAAAGGAGAAGAGGAAAUCUGUGCGAGUGUCCAUGGCCAAACACGGCCUUCGAAGGUGUCAAACUGUCAUUGUGAUGCCGACCGUCAGCGAAGACGACGAGGAAGAAGUGAAGAUGGAGAUGGAAUUGGAGAAAGAUGCUCUUGCUACAGAAGAGGAAGUAAAAGAUUUGAAAAGAGAAGUGGAAGUUGAGAAUGUUGUUGUGAGUCUGAAACCUCUAAGGGUCAUCCUAGAUGGACCAUAUGGCUCUCCAACUCGCCACAUCUUCCAAGCUCGGCACGCAGUUUUGAUUGCAACAGGAAUUGGGGUUACUCCCUUCGCUAGCAUCUUGCAAAGUGUUAUGUACCAGUACCGAAAAUCGAAGCAUACAUGUCCGAAUUGCAACCACAAGUGGUCAGACUCCAUGCCAGUAUCCAAUGUUCAUCUCAAAAAGGUGGACUUUUUUUGGCUGAAUCGGAACCAGCGCUGCUUCGAGUGGUUUGUCAAUCUCCUCAGUGAACUAGAAGUGGAACAGGCUCAGCUUGAAGAGAAAGACCGCUUCUUGGACAUCCACAUGUACAUUACCUCCGCCCUGGACCGUACCGACAUGAAAGCCGUCGGCCUGCAGAUGGCUCUCGAUUUGUUGUACAAUAAAGAGAAGAGAGACCUCAUUACGGGACUUAAGAGUCGAACCCAGCCCGGCAGGCCCGACUGGAACAAGGUUUUCACAUCAAUAGCAGAGCAACAGAAAGGCAGAGUAACAGUUUUCUUCUGUGGGCCGAAUCAGUUGGCAAAAACACUUCAACUUAAGUGUGAUGAAUUUGGCUUCCGUUUUAGAAAAGAGAUAUUUUAAAGAAUUUAGUAGCUGUUUUACUAUUUUUGUUCCCAUCUUUUAAUAUUUUCUUGUAUUUUUAAUAUAUUAAAU